AUCGGACACCAGAAGCGCGCGUUGCGCACGUCGUGCUUGGAGGCGUGGUGCCUGCACAACUCGUGGUUUCGGCCGAAGGUUGCGCCAUUGCAGGGUGCAGCAUUCCAGAUACACCUGUCGUCACCUAGGCAGGUGGUUUCAACGCGAGCGCCGUUGUGCAGAGUCGGAACGAUUGUCUGAGUUCAGUCAGCACUACACCGGCCGAUCAGACCUCAGGGCCCGAUGCUAUCAUGGACAACUCCGCAUGGCUAAGCCGCCUACGUCACGUCGCAUCAAGCACUGUCAGCUCAUGCGCGGGGUAUGUAGUCGUCUGCUCAGGCAUCACUCAUUAUCCUACAUUGCGUCACAAGAGACAGCUAUGCAAAACAACGUCGACCAUGUGUGGAUGUGGAACGCCGCAAGGCAAGAACGCUUCCGCUUGUCGUAUGAUCAGACCUGCUGGGUUUACGAAUAUUCGGGCCUGAGAGUACCGGUGGAAGCGAGCGACGACGGACCGUCAUCACUGUCAGACGUGACGGAGCUACCGAGGGCGCAGAAUCACUAUCCUCUGAUCAACACAGAAGGUAGCGAGGAGAACUGCACCUGGGUCAGCGUUGCCGCACUGCUCGCAGACGGCGACCGAAUGACGACGGAGAUGCUAUAUGCCCGCCUGAAAGAGAAGAACAUAAAAGUGCCAAAAGGAUCAAUGUCACAGACUAGUCUUCUGAAGGCUGCAAGGACGCUAGGGAACGUCACAGACAAAGAAAUCGACGGGAGUUACACCGAACUAAGUGAGAAUGGUGUACCUCAAAGACAGAGCUUCGCAGUUGGUGUGCUCAUACCGGGUGAAACCGACCCUCUCGCGCACCGGAUCGUGGGAUAUUACGACGGAAAUUGGUAUCGCUUCACGGACUGGCAGGAGGCGCCGCUGCCAGGCCAAAAAGGUCGUUGUAUCGGAGACGAUGUCACGAAAAAGGUCAUAGGCGAGGGAAAGGUCAGAGGCUGGCACAUUACAUACGUGUUUUGGUUCACGAGCAUCUUUGGUCAGACAGAGUCUAUGCUAUAACUGCAAUAUUAAUGCACCCUAAGCGACUACAAAUACAAAUGAGAUUGAGGUACAAACUGCUCAGAUUCGGGGUUUGUCAUAAGCUCUUUGUUCCACAGAUA